GAGACUAUAGUGACUAGGGUCUAUAUCCUCAAAUACUUUGGUAAGCUUAUGCAUUUCGUAAGCGUAGCCUAUAGCCUGUGGUCUAUCGUGUGGUGACCCCUGAUUAGACUUGUUUUUUACCGGGUCUGCGAGGGGGCUUCUGGCGAAUCGGGGGGCGGUAAGUUUGUGAAUCUCGUGUAUUUUGUAUGCUGUAAGUAUGUGUAUUGGGCAUUUAUACAUCGCUAUAUGUGCAUAUCCAAAGUGUACAAGAUAAGAAACUUCUAAAAUGCCAUAGCUGAAUACAUUCAGACACGAUUUAUAGGAUGACACAGUCUAUAGAGGAAGUUCCAUUGGAUAGCUCGUAAAGACAAUAGGAUAACGCCAUCGGCCCAACAACAUCAUGUCUUCCAUAGCUCAAUCCGCUAUUUCGAACUUGAAGGAAGCCGGUCUGGGGGACAUUCUCUACGUCCCCGGCGAGCAGGCAUACGAAGCGCGACGGACAUCCUACUGGUCGCUGACACCCCAACUCAGCCCGUGGGCUUUCGUACAGCCUCGUAACACGGAAGAGGUUUCCAAAGCAGUGAAGGCUCUCGUGGGAACUCCUGGCUGCAACUUUGCCAUUCGAAGUGGCGGGCAUAUGUCAUGGGUGGGAGCUGGCAACAACAUUGAGUCGGGAGUGACUAUCGAUUUUGGAUUGAUGACAGGGAUAAGCUACGACUCUAAUACUGGACUUGCGUCGCUGCAACCGGGCAGUAGAUGGAGGGAUGUCUACGUCGAGCUAGAAAGGCAUGGAGUAAUGGUUGCUGGAGGGCGUGAAGGUCUAGUUGGACUUGGUGGUUUUCUAACCGGGGGAGGUCUCAGUUUCUAUAAUUGCCGAUACGGAUUUGCCUGUGACCAGAUCGAAAAGUAUGAGGUCGUCCUGGCCGAUGGUAGCAUAGUCGAGGCCACCAACACAACGAAUCCAGACUUAUUCCGCGUGUUGAAAGGCGGUAAUAACAACUUCGGUAUUGUCACCCGGUUUGACAUGCGUACCUUCGAAGCAAAGAAAAUCUGGGAUGGCUUUAAUACCUAUUCUAAAACUACUUCUAACCAGAUGGUUGAAGCAUACGUCGACUUCUCGGCAGACCUCGCUAAGAGCCCCGACAGUCACAUUCUCGCAAUGUGGACUCAGUUACCAGGGGCUAGCGAAUACAUAAUCAAUGUGGUAUUGACACACCUCGACGGUGUUGAGAACCCGAAGCCUUUUGAGAGGUUUAUGACCAUUCCGGGCCAGCAUAAUAUGAGAACAACGACCGUGGCUAAGAAAAUAGGCGAGUUUCUUCUGCCAUCGGGAGGGUACAAUUUUUGGCUGACGUACACCUUCAAACUUGACCGCCAGGUCAUCUAUCGAAUAGUUGAGAGGUACGAAGCUCUAUUGGAUAAGCUAAGAGAAGCUAUUCCCGACAACAAUUUCGGCGUUAACAUGGUCUUCCAACCAUUGUUGGCGUCUUGGCAACAUCAUUCGGUGGUACGGGGUGGAAAUAUGCUCGGUCUCGAAAACCUGUCAGACGACUGUGUCAUUCUAGUGGUGGGAAAUGAAGUCGGGACGGCUGAGUUGUCGGAUAAUGUCAGUGCCCCUGUGCUGAAGGAGAUGUUUGAUGAUAUCAAAUCGUAUGCGAAAUCGGUUGAUAAGCAUGUCGACUACCUCUACUUGAAUUAUUGCGACGGCUCGCAAAACCCUAUGGGGAGUUACGGAGAGGAGAACAUUAAGAAAAUGAGGGAGGCGUCAGCGAAAUACGACCCCACCGGAGUUUUCCAAGAGAGAGUUCCGGGCGGCUACAAAAUUUCCAAGGUCAAAUGAAGAGCUCUUAGUAUCAUAUGAAGUGGUCCGUGUCUGUAGAGUAGCGGUUCUAAGAAUAAAGGAUCAAAGAUGAGAAUAUCACAUAAUCAAACAAUAGGAAUUGUGACCGAAUUUUGUUUCUUGUUAUAGUGAACUAGAUACGCAGCGCAAGCCAAGAGGAUGCA